CCCCAUUGCCUUGCAGCUCUUAGUAUCGAGUAACAUGGAAAGGAGGUGGGCGAGGGGAGGAAUCAUCGGAAAAGGCUCCUUCGGAACGGUGAGCCUCGCCGUAGACAGAUCCAACGGUACAAUUUUUGCGGUUAAAUCCAUCAAGUUGAAUUCCUCUCCGCCGCGCGCGCUUGCUGCCUUAGAGAACGAAAUUCGCCUUCUUUCUUCUCUUAAUUCCCCUCACGUCGUAUCCUACCUCGGUGACGACGUCACGGAGGAACCUGACGGCCUGUGGCGGAACUUGCUUCUGGAGUAUCUCCCUGGUGGCACGGCGGCCGACCUCGCCGCCACCGGAAAGAUGAUGGAGGCCGACGUGCGGAGCUGUACGAGGUCCAUCGCUCAAGCACUUCAUUUCCUCCACACAACAGCCGGCGUAGUUCACGGCGACGUCAAGGGUCGGAAUGUAAUUCUUGGAUCGCCGACGGGAAUGGCGAAACUGGCGGAUUUCGGAACUGCGAGUAAGGGGUUGGGGGAGGCAGCGAGGGGUGCAGGAACGCCACUGUGGAUGGCGCCGGAAGUGGCGAGAGGUGAGGCGGCAACGCCGGCGUCGGAUGUGUGGUCACUGGGAUGUACGGUAAUCGAGAUGCUUAGCGGUGGAAGGCAGCCGUGGGAGGAAUCGGGUAUCGCCGACGUCAGGGAUCCGCCUGUUCAGAUGUUUCGCGUAGGGUUUUGCGAGGUUUUGCCAGAAUUUCCGCCAUGGUUAUCGAAGACGGGUCAGGAUUUCCUCGACAAAUGUAUACGAAGAGAUCCCAGCGAACGGUGGACAUGCGAGCAACUGCUCCAGCAUUCUUUCCUCGCCGAUUCGCCGGAGCCGUCGCCAAGAAGCGUUUUUGAACUGGGGAAACUGGAGCGAGAAUUUGAAGACGAUGAAGAUGGUGCUGCAGAAAGUUAUACAGAGAAUGAAAAUUGCGCGGUUGAAUUGGCGAGGGAGAGGAUUCGGGAAUUGGGGUCGUCGGCGGUGGAAUGGAGGAAGGAUGGGUGGGAGGAGGUCAGGUCGGCGGUGGAAAAGAAAUCAAGUGGGGUUGGAGAGUAUAACGGAAAGUGUAGGUGUCUUCGGGUUGUGGGGAAUGUGGGAAUCAGUGGGGCAAAUUGGUUCCUCGGUCUGUUUGCGCCUUUGUUUUUCAUAUUAAUUUGUUGUAUUCAAAUAUUAGUUUAUGAUAUUGCAUGUAAUUUCUUUUCGCCACUUUGUAGCUCUGUUUUUUGUAGAAGUUUAUGUCUGAUAUAAUUUUGAUGAG